AUGGAGAUCGAUGCUUCUCGUCCCAAGGCGUCGUCGUAUUCCUCGGGCUCCUCUGUUGGCUCGUACUCGUCCGCACUCCCAUCGACUCCAGGGUCACGCGCUAGCCCCACCAAGAGCGGCAGUCCAGCUCAAGUAACGCGUGCAUACAGCGGGAACUGCCGCUCUAGUAGCCGGGAGCGCUCGCAUCGAGUUCGACGGAGCAUCAACACGGAUGCUGUGUCUGCAGCGGUGUCACCCAUGCAGCCCCGACAAGUGCAGUCCAAUGUCACGUCGGACUCGUCUGCGUCGCCGAAGCAGGUCGUCGCCCGGGCCAACAGCCCGGGCAAACCGCCAGUGCAGCCAACCUCAAGCUCGUCACCGCAAGGCCGACAUCCUCGAACGUCCGCGGGCUCAGUGGGAAGCAGCAACCGGUCGACGCGUUCACACUCCACUGGAUCUUCCCCGAUGUACGCGCGCCUGCAAGAGCUGAACGAUGUCGCGGAGCAGACCAGCGCGUACGUGUCGUCCCGAGGCCGGCGAAUGUCGGCGGAGAAGCGCCAGGAACCUCGGUAG